UUCCUUGCGCUGCACUGAGCCACGCUGCUGUUCGUACACGUUCCCAGAGCCCCCCAAGCAGCUCUUGGUUCCCAGGGGGCCGUUACUGCCACCUUCGUCAGUCAAUUCUCGCACUGCAACAGCUGCAGAACCUCUGGACUCCAGCGUUACAUCUGGGCCUCAGAGCCCAGCGAGGAGCGAACCUGAUGAGCCUCUGCACCAAAGUGCUCUCAGCCAGGCCUGGGCCUGGUUCCAUCGCUUCACACGGACUCAACAGACGCUCCGGGCAUCAGGGUACCCAGAGAGCGACAGUCCUGGACUCGCGUUCGGUAGGAAAAAGAACAGGAGUACUUGUGGCACCUUAGAGACUAACAAAUUUAUUAGAGCAUAAGCUUUCGUGGGCUACUGCCCACUUCUUCAGUAGGAAGUUGCACAUCACUGCCUGGAAGACAUGGCCCUUUUCACUUUCUCUUCCUUGAAAAUUAAACUUAUGCAAACAAAAUAUCAAUUUCUUGGAACUGUUAAUUAGUAAACAACCAGCGUCCAUCCCAGCCCCGCCUGUGUCAAGGGCUAUAAAGAGGGGCCUGACUGGGAGCCCCAGACACCAGUCCCUGGAAGGAGACUCACCUGGCACCCGCGGGCAGCCUCCACUCGCAGUAGCAAUGGAGAAAACAGGCUUCUCUCUGAUCCUCGUCUUGGCUCUUGUGACCCUCAGCACCUCUUCACAGAAAAAGUGCAUCCUGACUGGAACCUGGCAGAACGACCUGGGCUCUAACAUGACCAUCUCUGCCGUGAACGAGGCCGGGCAGUUCUAUGGGUCGUACCUCACAACGGUGUCAGCUGCAGAAAAGCCGAUCCUCGUGUCGCCCCUGAACGGAUCCCAGCACAUCGACGACAUGGGGCAGCCGACCUUCGGGUUCACCGUCACGUGGAGCUUCUCAGACUCGACAACCGUCUUUGUGGGCCAGUGCUUCGUGGAUGAUCACGGGGAGGAAACUCUGCAGACCAUGUGGCUGCUGCGAGAGAAGGUCAAAUCUGCAGAGGAUAACUGGAAAGCAACCACGUGAGUGACUGGGAAUCCUCAUUCCCCGGGGAGCAGAGAGGUCUCUGGUGGUCUGGGCUCCCCGUCCCAGCCUGUGUGGAGGAGACUCAGGUGAUGGGGUGGGGAACAGGCCUGUGGCCAGAGGAGACAGGCACUGGUCUG